CAAUAAAUCCAAAAAAAAAAAAAUCAACAUUUCAAAAAUAUAUGCCAUCUUUCUCAUUUUCAAUUUCUUUCCAUAACUCAACGUUACAAAAUCUCUUCCUAUCCUCCAAUUAUUACAACAACAUUAAUUCAUUCCUUCAUUCAAAUUCAAUUCAACCACAUUUUCGCUUCAAUUCAUGGAAGCCGCCGCCGAAACAGAGGCGGCUUUCAAGCCGGCUCAUUUGGUGUCUUUCUCUCCAACACCCUCUUCAACACUCAACAAUCGGCGUCUCUCAAGCCAAUUCUCCAAGCCGAGUAGCCCAAUUCGAGCCGGCUCAACAAAGAAGAAGACUUUGGCUUGGGUUUCUCUUCAAGGUCGGCUUGUUGGAGCCGAUGAAGCUACCUCGGCUCAAGCCAUUGGCGGCGGCUUAAGCCGAGAGGAAGCCGUUGGGUGGGAGCUCUUUAGCCCUAUUCAUCGUGUUCUUAUUGUUGCUGUUGUUGCUGUUGCUGCUGCUAAAUGUGAGAAGAAUCGCCAGAUUUUUCAACUCAGAAAAUGUGUUCAACUCAGGGAUGAUAUAUUGAUGAGCAUGCAGCAAAAGCUUGAUGAUUUGUGUGAGCAAAUGAAUUCUAUGAAAGAUCAGCCUCAAGCAAUAGUUGAUUCUUCAGCAUCCAAGAUAAUGGAAUUUUCGUCUAGAAGAUCAUCUUUGGCCAGCAAAUCUGACUCUAUGUGCACAGACUGCUGGUUCUGUGAUCAACGCCGAGCUGAGUUGAAUGAUGUUUCUGGAAAUUCACUUGUGAAAGCUGCUAGUUGUGACGAGAUGUUUAAAAAUAGACUCUCUAUUUCUAAUGAAGCAGAACAGGAGGAACGUCGUAUGUCAGAUUUGUCUGAUUGGGCUUCAAGUGUCACUUCAGUGGCAGAUUUACAACUGAAUAACUUAGCAAUAGAGCAAGAUACUUAUAAUCUUAAGAGGGAAUGUGAAGAAAAGGAUGCUGCUAUAAAGGAGCUUUCUUCUUUUAUUCGUUCAAAAGAUGUUGUCACUUCUAAAAGAAUUGAAGAACUUGAAGAGGUUAUUCGUCGAAAAUGCACAAUUAUUACUAAGUUGAAAAAGGACUUGAUUGUUCUGGAACAGAAGGUGGUGAACUUAACAAGAGCCAAAAGGCGGUCAUUCUCUGGGCCGAGCUUGGAUAAGAAACAGCUACCUACAAUGUCAGAUAAUCUGCUUUAUGAUAUGGAUAGUCCUUUAUCUUCUGAUUCAGACUGCACCUCUGAGAAGAAGCAGAAUACCUCUUGUACUGUUGAAACUCGAGUAGUAGUAAAGGCCUCCACAAACACCCCUCUUCAAAACAGCUCUUCUUCAAGUGAGAAACUGUCAAAGAUAAACCAGAAACUGUCACUUGCAAAAGCCCCAUCGCCUUCUACAAUGCUUUCACUUCAGGUCCCGAAAUCCAGACCAGUGAGUCCCCUUAAGGAGAAAUCGUUGAAUCAAACUUAUCAUUCAGUAGCUUCUCCAAUGCCAAACAAGGUGUCUGCUGGUGUAGGUUCGAAAACUAACAGAAGACGAACUCAUAGUGGAUCCAAAGAUGCAGUAGCCUCACAGAAGCGAUGGAUGUAGUAUGAUGUCCAAUAUUAGUAUCAAAUUCUGAUGAUGAAGAAUCGACGGUACCUGAAGUGCAAAAAUCCUUGGUGAUAGCACAUAUAUAUGUAGGAACUUGGAAUGAUAAUUCUAUGCUAUAACACAGAAGAAUGUGUUCUUAUAACUUGACAAGUUAUUGUAGAAUUAUCAAUUAUGUACUUAAAAGAGUAACUAAGGUCAUAUUAUUAUUAAGAAAUAUA